AUGUCGUUGAGUCUGUCUUCAAUGACUCUAAAAACAGCGCAGUUGAAGGCAGUCUACCGCAUGCUUUCCUUCAAUGAAGAUGCCGAUUCGUUCGACGAUGACUUUUCAUUGCCCCCUGCCGGUUCCUCUCACAAUCAAUGGAAAAUCCUGAUCUAUGAUGCUGCUUGCCGAUCAAUCAUUUCUCCAUUGCUCAGUGUCAGUCAACUCCGGCGCAGAGGUGUGACACUUCAUUUAUCGUUAAAUUCGGAACGGGAACCAAUUCCUGAUGUACCUGCAAUUUACUUCUGUACACCAAACAAAGAGAACCUAGCUAUUAUUGCCAAGGACUGUGCAAAUGGACUCUAUGGUAAAGCUCAUCUCAAUUUUGUUACGAAACUAGAGCGUCCAUUGAUGGAAGAAUUCGCAAAGUUGGUAGUUCAAACAGGGUCACUUGACAAAGUUGCUGGAGUUCACGAUCAAUAUCUUGAUUUUGUGUGUCUAGAACAACAACUCUUUUCAUUGGGAAAGGAGGACUCUUAUGUUGUUUAUAACGGAUCUGGGGCCAAUGAGCAAAUGAUCGAAACAGCCAUGACAGAAAUUGCCUACGGCCUCUUCAGCGUCGUUGCAACCGUUGGAAAGGUACCGAUCAUUCGAUGCCCAAAGGGGGGAGCUCCUGAAAUGGUCGCCCGAAAACUGAAUAAAAUGAUUGCUGAACACCCAACUCUUCUUCGCAACAAGUCGAGUCUGCAUCGACCACUAUUGGUAAUUCUCGACCGUAAUGCUGACUUGAUCACACCUAUCCAACAUACAUCAACGUACCAAGCUUUGAUUAACGAUAUGCUGAAGCACAACGCAAAUCGUGUAGAAUUUGACGUUACCAUUGAUUCCGGAAAGCGACCAAAGAUUGAGAAGAAAAAGUUCGACUUGGAUCCGGACGAAGACCCUUUCUACAGGCAACACAAAUUCAAUCCGUUCCCAGAGGCAAUUGAGAGUAAUGGUGUCGAAUUGCAGGAAGUGACUGUCAAGGAACAGAGCAUUCGUUCAAAGGCUGCUGGCAAAGAGACAGCAGUUGAUCCCAUGGCUUCCUCCGCCACUGAUUUGGCGACAGCAGUCGAUUCCCUUCCAGCAUUGUUGGAGCGAAAGAAACAACUCGAAGUCCAUACCAGUAUUUUGCAAGCCGUGAUGAACCAAGUUGCUGCACGCGAUGUCCCGCAAUUUUUUGAACUGGAGACCUCAUUAGCGACAGGAUCCUACAAAAACGACCUUUCGAGAGCAAAAGGAGACGUGCUCCAAUUGGCUGCGGAUCCAUCAAAAGGAAAUGUGGAAGAUAAGAUCCGCCUAGUUGUGGUUUAUGUCUUGACAACGAAUGCAAAGACCAGCGAGGUUGACGAAGUGGCAGCGGCGGUUCAACAAGCUAUGGAAGGGAAGGACGACAAGGGCAAACCACUAUUGGACAAGGCUGGUAGAGAAAAGCUUGACAAGGGCAUGAAGGCAAUUGGAUACCUAAAACAACUUCGUUCCAUGCACAUGUUGCCGCUUUCAUCUACCUUGCAAGAAAUCGAUGCUGGGGGCACCCAAAGCCAGUCCGACAUGCUUUCGAGUUUCAUGGCCAAGGCGACAACUCAAGCAUCCGGUUUGCUGGCAAAAGCCACCGACAAGGUCACGUCCAUGUUGGGAAAAACACACAAACACUACGCAACAACUGUUGUCGAAAAUCUGUGCGAAAUGGUUCCUAGUUCAGAAGAUGACGACUAUUUGUAUUUGGAUCCACGUGUUCGGGGCGACGUCGAUGUUGGAAAGCUUCGAAUGAUGAACCGAGCACCAAUCCGCGAAGUUACAGCAUUUGUUAUCGGAGGAGGAUGCUACGCCGAAUACCAGAACUUGCAAAUGGUAGCCAAUGAGAGGCGCACUGUUAGCUAUGGAAGCACAGAGCUUGUAGAUGCCGACCAAUUCCUAUCACAAUUGGGCCAACUAGGAUGA